GAUAAUAUUCUGAAACUGAACUCGAGACAGCAUGGUUUGAUCAACACAAAUGAUUCGACGAAUCUUGUCUUGUGCUGAAAAAUGAGUUACCAACUUUAUCGAAACACGACUUUGGGUAACAGCCUCCAAGAAAGCCUAGAUGAGCUGAUACAGUCCCAGCAGAUAACACCACAGCUGGCUUUGAAGGCUUUGCUGGAGUUUGACAAAGCAAUCAACCAUGCACUGGCAACAAAAGUAAAAAAUAGAAUUACAUUCAAGGGACACUUGAACACGUAUAGAUUUUGUGAUAAUGUAUGGACAUUUGUGUUAGAAGAUGUACAGUUCAGAGAACUUGGAGAAAUGGUUAAAGUUGAAAAAGUAAAAGUGGUUGCAUGUGAUGGAAAAGGUUCUGGAGUUGCUACAUCAGAAGAUUAAGGCUAGUCAAAGCAUCAGAAAACUUCAUGAAAAAAGUCGAAUAACUCAAUUACAAGCGACGUACUAACUGUAACUCUUCUAUUUAUUUUGGAAAAUCAUCCAACGAUUUGCAGAAUGUCUUCGCAGAAUCGACAUAAAUAACAUUAUGGUCAAAAUUAAGGCACAAUUGUUACUAUAUUGUAAAUGUUGAGAGCGUAUUAGGGGCUCGGAGAGGGAGGGAAUAAUGUAGCACAAAUCUGAAAAAGGCAUUGCAUCUCAUGAGAUUGUUUUCGGUUUUUAGGAAGGGGUCAGAGGUUUUGAUUCAUUGAUCUUACAAAAGAUGGCCAUUUGGGUUUCGCAUCAGCCCUAGAGACCUCUGAACUAUCUUCUCAUCAUCCCUGGCCUGUUGCAUAUUUUUCUAACCCCCAGACUGUUGCGAUGCACUAACAUAAGCUAUUACAAAGUCCCAUAGAUGUGUCCCAAGAUCUACCUGUUUUUUUUUCUCACACUUGGAGUAUAUAACAAGUAAUACCCCUUUUCAGCCCCUGACUUUGAAAUGCAUCUCAACUUUUUUUUGCACUAACAAACAGAAAUUCUAAUAAAAUUCUAAAAUUUUGUUCGAUAGUAAUCGUUAAAGUAGAAUUGUGUGAGCACGGGUAGUUAAGUAACAAUGAUUGCUCAAUUUAUGAAUUCGUCAAAAAUCAGUGAUUUGAUAACUUCAAAA